GUUCACAGCUUAAGAUGUGUGGCUCUACAGCUCGUAUUGUGGAGGACUGGACCCAGAUUAUGGGGGAGAAAGAGUAUCUAAGGGAAUUAAAAUGGCUGUGAAUACUGGAUUGUAUGCCCUCUUAAGGGUUAUCCUCAUUGAUUGUUUGAUGAACAAGGUCCAUGGAAAUGACCCCAACAUUGCAUAUGAAAAAGCAGAUUUCACGUAUGCUCUCCUCGGUGUAGGGAUCGGGGUGCUUCUUUCUGGGUGUUUUCUGGCUACAAAGCUCUGCAUGUUUAGAAAACACAUGUGUGAUAACAACCUCUCAGAGAGUGACUCAGGAAAAAGAUUUUCAAUAAGAACCAUCACACUGGAACUGACGGCUAAUCCCAGAGUGUGAGAAAAUCCCAGGAGUUGAGCAGUUUCUGAGAUACUCAAACCACCCUGUCUGGCACCAACAAUCAUUCCACGGUCAAAGUCAAAUUUGACAUUUGGUCUGAAAAACAGCUGAACCUCUUGACCACGUCUGCAUGCUUUUAUGCAUUUAGUUGCUGCCGCAUGAUUGGCUGAUUAAAUAUUUGCAUUAACAAGCUGGUUUACAGGUCUACCUAAUAAAAUGCUUGGUGAGUGUAUAUCAGUGUAUACAAAGUAUGAGAAUCUGUGAGAAAUGUGAACAAUAUGGUCUACCUCCUGUUGUGUGUGUCUCUCUCUCUCUCUCUCUUUCUCACACACACUCACAUACACAAACAGACACACACACAUACACUCACAUAUCAUUGUAUUAUUUUAUGGUGAAUAUAUUCACUGUGGGCCUUUUAAUCUACAAUUAAGUCAAAGUUUUCGUGAAGCAAGAUUGGUGGUAUGUAAGGGCUCCGGGCAUCCAAUAUAAUAAUUAGAAACAGGCAGAGUGAAAAUAAUUAGUCUAAAGAGACAAUAAAAACAAAAGCAGAGUUAGUAAUUUAGUUUGGCAGGGUUGCUUGUUGUUUGGCCUGAGCAUCUAUUACUAGCUCUUGUGGGAACAACUAUGUACAAUAGAUAUGAAAUCAUGUUUACAUUCGAUCUACCCUGAUCCACAACCAUAGGCUAAACAUACUGCGCUGUUUGCUUGGCCCACAUUCUGCUGGGAUGCAUUUGGAAUUGACCCUAAGAGCUGGGAAGCAUGUAUGGCCAAUGAAUGCCUCAGUGUCAAUGUCUCUGGGGUCAGAGGUCAAAGGUGAGAGAUCAGGCUGAACAGUUGACAGGAUGUCAGCAGGGUGGCGACGGGUGGGGUGCUCCCAGGCUGAGGCUGAGGCUGGGGUUGGGGGGGUUUAGAAAACAGAAAACACUGAGGUCUGCUUGUUCUCCUUUGUCCCAUCUUACUGCUUACUUACUGCUGUACGAUGUUUUAUUUUUCCCAUCUCAAGUUAUGUCGGUGUAUGACCAUUCAGAGUAUACAAUUACAUCUUCAAACAAUAACAUAUACAUCGUUCUGAUUAUUUUAGCUCAGACAAAAUAUAUUUAUAUUUCAAAUGCUCCUUGACAUCGGUACUUCUUCCAAAUGUUUCUUUUCCCUUUUUAGUGUGUCCACAAAGCGAGGGUGUCAUUCUGCGCAUAGUGUUCGUUCAUUACAAGUCCCCGGGAAGGCAAAGAUUUUGCGUUCUAAUUUUGGCAUUAAUUGCAUAACAGGGGAGAGGUGAAUGCUACACUAAGUAUAGAAUCGACUCUUGAUGCUGGAACUCAAAGAGGUUGAUGUCAUUCUUCUUCAUAAAGCUUACAUGAGCGGCGUGAAGGUCACUGCUGAAAACUUUCCGACUUGUCUAAGAGGUCAUACACACUUUUUAGGAGCACAUACACACCCCCAGUAGGUAUUAUUACCAUGUAAUCAGGCCAUUAAGCAUACUGCAAGAAAGGCCAUUGCCUUGUUAGGCCUCAAAGCUAUUUUCUACAUAUUCAUGAAACUCACAUCACAUUUUGAUUGCUUUUUUUAUGUUUAAAAAGUUUACUUGAUUAUAAUUCAAAAAAUAAUUGGUCAAUAGUACUGCCUUCAUUGUAGUUGCGAGACAAAUGCAAGACGACAAUUCAGCCAAAUGCAGUUCUGUUUGGUUGUCGUACAGUUCAAUUUGAUAUCUCAAAUUGCGAUUGAUUUGUUUCAGUUCAGAGGCAGGUUCCAAUUCUCGGUUAGUGAGACUUCCUUGUACUUCCCCUUACAGACAGCAAUGCAGACAUGAAUUAUUUACAGGGGUUGGUAAGGUAUCAGGAUCUCUGCGUUCCUUCAAAACCAAACACAUUAAUUGAGCCAGUGGGAAGCUCUACAUUCUAUCUAAUUGUAUAUCAAGAAAUAGGCCUAUAAUUACAGUCAUAAUUAUCGGAUUAGAUAUAUCAAAUGUGUAUUAUUCUUAUUCUAACUUGGUGCACUGUGUAUCCCCAAGCAUGUAUAAUUCUUAUUAAUGUAUAUGUCUCAUUAAAAAAGAAAGAAUUUAGUACCUAAUUUUACUACCUAAAAUAUACUAUCUGAGUUGUUAUUAUAUGGUCAGGUUUGAUUCAUAUGGACAUCCUUAACGCCAAGAAUAUAUGCAAAUACGAGCUAAGAAUAUGCAGAUGGGAUAGCCUUCUCCUGGCCCAUCUUGUUACUUUUCAUGUUCAUUUUUUUUUUCAACCACAAGAUGGCGGUGUAUACCUGUCUGCUUUCCAACUGUCCACUUCAGCCAGGUCUGUUCAUAGAAACAGAUAGUGCUUUGUUACCAAGUCAGCCCGUAACUGCCCACAGUUUAACAGACCCAGUUGCUUUAAACAGAGGUUAAACAUUGUGAAAACUUUGGGAUACACCCCCGUGUCCGAGUUCACUGCAUAUCUGAAAGAACAGACUUUCCACUGCGGGCAGAUGUUUUAAUGCAGACACAUAUUCUUCCUUCUGCACCUUAUAAUCUUCCUCCAAAAAAAUGCAAGAUAGGCAUAAAAUGUGACUUCAUACAACAUACUGCACUCCACCCGCUUUAAGAACGCCAAUGCACACUGUAACCACUGUAUUUAUGUUAGAAUCAAAACAAAUUCCCACAAAGUUUGUUUGGAUCUACCCAUUUCUCAACCGAAUGCAUAACACUUACUAUUCUGUCAUUCAGCAACCUUGAUCUGGUCGUGCAUAUAUAAUAUACUGUAGUAUGUUGUAUAAGUAGGUCAGAUGUGGUGUGUUCUUUUUUCUCUGUGUUAUGUUUGAGUGAAAAAGCUGGUGGCUUUGAUUUUAUGCCUGCUUUGUCUGUAAAGAACAUGUGGUUUGCAUUUCUUGUUCAUUCAAAUUUCAACCCAAAUCACAACAAAGUGUUUUGUAUCAGAGAGAAGAAGAAACCCUGUGUGGUAGCUUGAAUUUGUUUCGGUUUGUUUAAAAUACUUCCAUGGGAAUAUCUAUAUUCAGCUCAUUCAGAGAUUAAUAAUACUGGAGUAAUGAAAAUGUGGAAUUGACAACAUUUGAAAAGACGUUUGUCACUGAAUUCUGGAUACCAUGUUGCAUUGUUGCCUUGUAGUGUAUUGAUUCAUUUUAUAUUAAUGAAUAUAUUAAUAUAUGUUUAGUUAUUUCAACCUGUGUACCUAUCAUGUAUUCUUGUUCAUUGACAACUAUCUACUGUAAACAUUUACUCAGAGAAGCAAAAGUUGUAAGGGACAAUUAUAAUAUUAUACAUUUGCUCAGAAAAUGUGUUUUUGCUCAUCGUGUCAAAUCCUCAAGCCAGUAUGCUAUGGUGUUACAUGACUGGCUAUUUACAGUCUACUGUAUGUCCACAUUGCAGUUAGUCAAGUAGUAUAAACACAAGUAGUUUCCAGCCGCAGAAAAGGGGUAUGCUUAGCCAGAGGAUUACAGCGAGCCCUAUGCCUGUAGUGGAUGAAAUGCCUGACUUUACACCUCAGUACAAAAGGGUGUGCCUUUAACACAGUACCUGAGAGACAGAAAGGGCAGUUGCUACAUACCAGGGAUCAGUCAAAGAGAGACCGACUAGAAACAACAAUAAUGACUGUCUUGAGAGGGAUGUUUAAAAACUGUUCAAUUUUCCUAACACGGGGGAGCCAUUUGCUUCCUAUGUCAAUGAUAACAUAAGCAUAUAACAAACUAUAGCCUGGAUUCAAUGGAAAUAAAGUGUUACUUCUUUCUUCAGAAA